AGCGGAAAGUUGAUCAAGAGAAUGUUAAUUACAUCGAUGACACCCUGCUGUAUCUGCGGAGAUCGAAGCUCCGGCAAACACUACGGCGUCAUCUGUUGCGACGGAUGCUCUUGCUUUUUCAAGCGAAGUGUUCGCAAAGGGGCGGUCUAUACGUGUAUCGCCGGCAAAGGAAACUGUAUAAUCGACAAAGCAAGGCGGAAUUGGUGUGCGUAUUGUCGUUUAAAACGUUGCUUGCAAAUGCAAAUGAAUGUGAAUGCCGUCCAAGAAGAGCGCGGUCCACGAGCAAAUCAAACAUUGAAUUUUAAUGUGAUGGCACAGAUUUUGGUGGCGUGCGUUAAACAGGCAAAACACAACGAACAUUUUCAACAGUUACCAUCGCAACAGCAGAAAAAUAUUCUCAAACAUGUGUGGACGGAAUGUUUUGUUUUACGAGCAUCCCAUUGGCCCAUCGAUAUUGGACCGGUCAUUGAUCAGUAUGACGAUCCAAUGUUGAAGCAAGUUAUAAGCGAUACUAAAACACUUCAGGCCGAUUUAUUGGAGAUUUCAUUAUUAGAAACUUUGGUUCUAUGUCGAAAAGAAUAUUCGUUGAGCCUAUUGGAGACGCAAAAAAUUGAACACUUAACAAAUGGUGCCUUAGUAACACUCGGUCACUACUGUCUACAGCGAAUGGAAUGGACACGAUUUGGAAAAUUAUUACUCACCCUGCGAUGCUUGUCUCUGCAACCGUUCGACACAGCGCUCAAACAGCUCUUCAAUCCAAUCAUCGAUGAUGUCAUUGAAUCAGAGUGA